AUUUUACCAACUUUUCUAAUACUUCCUUAUUACCUUUCCUUUUUCCUUCAUUGUGUUUAAAGUAAAUGGAAGAUCAGUCAAGUCAAUUACAGGAAAAGGUCGAACCGUCAUCGAGUCUGAACCUUUUAAACAGAUUGCGUGGCAAAAGCAGCUUUUCUGAUGUUGACCUUACAGAGGACGACACUUACGCCGUAGAGCCAUCAGAAGAAGAUUGGAAGGAACUACGCGAAGUGGCUGACAUAUUACCAGUAUCGGCAUACCUUGUUAUUCUAAUUGAAUUUUGUGAACGGUUUACUUUCUAUGGUUUGAGCGGCCCAUUCCAAAAUUACGUCCAAGCACCCGAUCCCGGACAUUAUCCCGCUGACCAGCCAGGUGCACUUGGCAAAGGCCAACAAACAGCGACUGCUUUGAAUACAUUUUUCCAAUUCUGGGGCUAUAUCUCCCCUAUCAUCGGUGCCAUCAUUGCUGAUCAAUAUCUCGGAAAAUAUAAGACUAUUGUCGUCUUCGCUUGUAUCUACUUCGUUGGUCUCCUCAUCUUGACCUUAACUUCUAUUCCACCCUCCAUCCAAAGUGGCGCUGCCUUCCCUGGUUUCAUUGUGUCAAUUAUUAUCAUUGGUUUUGGCACUGGUGGUAUCAAGUCGAAUGUUUCCCCCUUGGUUGGUGAACAGUAUCAAAGUCGCACUCCUUACAUCAAGGUGCUGAAAACUGGUGAACGGGUCAUUGUGACGCCUCAAGCUACCUAUCAACGUAUUUUCAACAUGUUCUACUGGGGUAUUAAUAUUGGAUCUUUGUCCGCUAUCGCCACCACUGAGCUGGAAAAGAAUGUUGGUUUCUGGGCCGCUUACCUUCUACCUACCCUCAUGUUUAUUCCUGGUAUUUUGAUUGUCGUUGCUGGCCGCAAGUUGUACGUUCAAGCUCCACCUAGAGGAUCCAUUUUCGUUGAGGCUGGUAAACUAUUACUGUACAGCACAAAAGUCAAAGGCGGUAUGAAGGCAUGCAAACCUUCGGAACUACGAACUACGCACCCUGAAUUGAUUGAUAAGGUGACUUGGGACGAUAUUUUCGUUGAUGAAAUGAUCCGCACUUUAAAGGCUUGUAAGGUGUUUUGCUGGUUCCCCAUUUACUGGCUAUGCUAUAAUCAAAUGACAAGUAAUCUUGUCUCCAUGGCUGCCACAAUGCAAACUGGCAACGUCCCUAACGAUAUCCUGCAAAACAUUGAUCCCAUUGUCUUAAUUUUCCUCAUUCCUAUCAUGGAUCGAUUAGUCUAUCCUGGUCUGCGUCGCCUUGGUAUCAGCCCUCGCCCUAUUGCACGUAUCACCAUCGGAUUCUUUUUCGCUGCUGUCGCUAUGGGCUACACUGCAGGUAUUCAAUCCAUGGUAUACAAUAGUCCACCCUAUUACAACUUUCCUUCGGAAGGAGAUGGUCCCAACUACAUUUCGGCUGCGUAUCAAAUUCCCUCUUAUGUGUUUAUCGCUAUAUCUGAAGUCUUCGCCAGUAUCACCGGUUAUGAAUAUGCUUACAAGAAAGCUCCAGAGUCCAUGAAGUCCUUGGUCAUGGCUCUGUACCUUCUCGCCAAUUGUUUCAGCUCUAUCCUCAACUUUGCUCUAGUCUCUGUCACAGUCGAUCCAAAGAUCGUGUGGUUGUUUACUGGUAUCUCUGCUGCCAUGGGCAUUGCUACCCCACUUUUCUAUUUCUGCCAUCACAAGCGAGAUCUCGUCGAUGUGGAGGAGGACGCUAUCGCUCGUCAAGGAACUGUCAAGAAGGCUUAUGAUUAUGCUGAACCUGUGAAUGAAACUGAGUUGGAAGCAAAGUACGAAGCAGAAAUGCAGCACGCUGCUUAGAUUCAAAACAGGGAAAUGCAAACCACCUAUUUUCCUCAUCUCCAGAUAGCUUUCUCGCUUUGCAAUUUGUAUAUCAAGGGCCAUUUUUAUUAUCUUUUGUCCCAUCCGUUUUUCCAUCGUAAAAAUGUCAUUGAUUGACAGGUUAGAUUCUUACGUGUAUUUUCCCUGUAUUUGAAGCUUAUAUCAAAGUUAAAUGCUUUAAAAAUAAAAAAAAAUAAAAACUUUGACGCAAUAGAUUUUUCAUUAGAAA